GUCGGCUCCACGGGCUCCGGGCGGCUCUGGAGCGGGAAAAGGGACUGGGACAGCCCCAGGGGCUCGGGCGGGCGGGGCUCGCCUCGCCCCCUCAGCCCCGCCUCGCUCCCUCACGGCUGCUGCGUUCGCACCUUCAGGCAGCGCCUUGAGGCGUGAGCGGUGGCUGAGGCGGCAGCCGCCCGCCCUGCCCGCUGCCAGCCGCCGUCUCUCGGCCGCCGGUGCCCGAGCAGCUCUUCCCCGCUGAGCCGAGCGGAGCCGGCGGCGCGGCUGCGGCGGCAGGCGGGGGAGCGCUCCUCACCGCUCCGCCUCCGACCGCCGCCCGCUGCGGGGAUGUGUGAUUGCCAUGGCGAGGCGGCUCUUCCCGGGGGCCUGGCUGAGGAAGCCCCACUCCGCGCAGGUCCGUCUGUCAUACGUGCGGAUCAAGUUUCUCUUCAUCUCCUGGUUGGUAGUGUUUGUUGGCAGCUGGAUUAUGUAUGUUCAGUACUCCACCUACACAGAACUCUGCAGAGGACAUGACUGUAGGAAAACAAUAUGUGAUAAAUACAAGACUGGUGUUAUUGAUGGAUCAGCAUGCAGUAGUCUUUGUGCUAAAGAAACAUUGUAUUUUGGAAAAUGUUUGUCAACAAAGCCCAAUAACCAGAUCUAUUUAGGAAUCUGGGGAAAUCUGCAAAGUGUUAUAAAAUGCCAGAUGGAAGAAGCUGCUCAACUUGAUUUUGGUACUGACCCAGAACCAAGGAAGGAAAUAGUCCUAUUUGAUAAACCAACAAGAGGAACCACUGUUGAGAAAUUCAAAGAAAUGGUGUAUGGUCUUUUUAAAGCAAAACUGGGUGAACAAGGAAAUCUUUCAGAACUGGUUAAUCUCAUCCUGUCUUUUGCUGAUGGAAACAAAGAUGGAAGAGUCUCUUUGCCAGAGGCAAAAUCUGCAUGGGCACUCUUGCAGCUAGAAGAGUUUCUGUUAAUGGUGAUCUUGCAGGAUAAAGAACAUACUCCCAAGCUGAUGGGUUUUUGUGGGGAUCUCUAUGUGACCGAAAGAGUUGAAUAUACCUCCCUCUAUGGAAUCAGCCUUCCAUGGAUUAUAGAACUUCUUAUUCCCUCUGGCUUCAGAAGAAGCAUGGACCAGUGGUUCACUCCAUCCUGGCCAAGAAAGGCAAAAAUAGCUAUAGGGCUUUUAGAAUUUGUGGAAGAUAUUUUCCACGGACCUUACGGAAACUUUCUUAUGUGUGAUACAAGUGCCAAAAACUUGGGAUAUAAUGAUAAAUAUGAUUUGAAAAUGAUGGACAUGAGAAAAAUAGUGCCAGAAAGUAAUUUGAAGGAAAUAAUUAAAGAUCGUCAGUGUGACUCAGAUUUGGACUGCAUUUAUGGUACGGACUGUAGAACAUUAUGUGACCAAAGCAAAAUGAGAUGUACCACUGAAGUCAUUCAGCCAAACUUAGCAAAAGCUUGUCAGCUCCUUAAAGACUAUCUGCUUCGUGGUGCUCCUUCUGAUAUCCAUGAAGAACUAGAGAAACAGCUGUACUUGUGCAUUGCACUUAAAGUCACAGCAAAUCAGAUGGAAAUGGAGCAUUCUUUAAUACUCAAUAACUUAAAAACUUUACUGUGGAAGAAGAUUUCUCAUACAAAUGAUUCGUAGCUUCUCCACCAGCAGAAGAGAAUAUUGAUGCCUGCCAUUAGAGGUGGCCUAAGACAUUUGAUAAAAACAAUCUGCACCUUUUUAAAAAGAUAUUUCUUUACUCAGAUUUUAUUAGUGGUUCUUUCAGUCCUGCCCUUCAGUCAGUAAGUCAGGACAGGGCUUCUCAAAGAAUGAACAUGCCACUGAGUGACC